AUGUCUAUAGACUUGAAUUCGCUGGUGAAGAUUUUCUUCGACUCCCUUUGUGGGCCGGUCGAUAGGAGCAACCCUGGGGCUGCCGACCUCGCCACGUUUAUGGCGAUCAGCAGCCUUAUGGGUGGAAAUUGGCAUCCCGUGGGCAACACCCUCGUACCGGUGAAGACCUUCCUCGUGGAGGCGGGCCAGUUUGCGUCGGUGGAGCAACGCCGUGCGCGGAUCUCCGGUAUGCUUGAGAAGGCCGCCAGUUGCCUAUGCCUUGAUACCCAGAUUAACCUCUACAUCGGGGAUAACGCGAAGGAUAACGCGGAUCCGAUCAACGGCUGUCUCUCCCUUUGCAACCAAUACCUCGCCCAGAUGGUGGAUGCUUACCUGGACUCCGACGUCGCGAACCCCGCUUCUUUUGCAGAGGGAAUUCAUUCGACAUUUCGCACCAUGUGCAAAGCGCUGCACACGACGCUUUCCGAUGCUUUUUCGAGCCCCGUUAAGGCGUUCGAGUUCGUGAAGCUCAUCUCGACAGUUGCGGCAGGCCAAAUGUCGGGGUCGUUGGCGAUGGAUCCGGCGAAGGCGCAGAUGUUCGCCGGCCUGAUGGUGCAGCUUUACACAAACCUGGUAAACGAGGGAUCCACCGCGAGCGCGACUUUUCAGUGA